AUGCAGAACCAGUCCCGAACGAUUUCCAUCCUGGCCAACCUCACACCGAACAAGGGCGCCGUAAAGGAGCGCAAGCGUAUUGGACGUGGCCCUUCCUCAGGCCACGGCAAGACCUCAGGACGCGGUCACAAAGGUCAGGGCCAGCAUGGCCACGUGAGGCCCUGGUUCCAGGGUGGUCAGACGCCGUUGAUUGUGAAGCACGGCCGAAAAGGAUUUAGCAAUUGGCGCGCAGCCCAGCUCUCCCAGGUCAACCUCGACCAGAUCCAGUCCUGGAUCGACCAGGGCCGUCUCGACGCGACUCGGCAAAUCACCCCCAAAGAGCUUAUCGAGAGUGGCCUCCUCGGCAGCGUCAAAGAUGGCGUCAAGAUCUUGUCCCGCGGCGCCGAGUGCCUCAAGCAGCCCAUCGACGUCAUGGUCAGCCGCAUCUCGGCUUCGGCCAUCACUGCAAUUGAAGGUGCUGGCGGCAAGGUUGUCACGCGAUACUACACCAAGCUGGCGAUCCGGAGACUACUGACGGGCGAGUCAAUCAAUACUGCCACGCCACUGCCGGUGGGCAAGGAACACGUGGAGAGCGUGCUGGACAUGGCCAAGGGGUUCCGCUACAGACUGCCAGAUCCGACGAGCAGAGAGGACAUGGAGUAUUAUAGGGACCCGGCGCAUAGAGGGUACUUGAGCCAUCAGCUCAAGCCGGGCGAGUCGCCGAGUUUGUACUUCAAGGUGCCCGGAAAGGAGAAGAUCAAGAGCACCAAGCAGAAGAAGGUGGUACAGGAGACCAUGUGGUAA